AUGAAAAUCACCAAAGCAAUCGCUGAAAUUGUGUCCGAAUUUUCGGGUCUCAACCGUUCGCCCAACUUCAAAAAGGCGUCGACAUGCUCGAUGAGCAGCCCGCCGACUUCUGGGACCACGUCGCCGGCCAGGAAGAACUCGGGACCAUCGGUGCAACAGGCGCCAAGACGCUAUUCAGUGGUUGUCGCCGUCGGAGUGGUGAGUAGACAGACUCUAAAUGAUAAACUAUAGUCUAUAAUUCCAUUUCUUUGCAGAGUCCUCUUCCCCAACCGACUGGGACCGGCGAUAAGGCGAAACUCAUCUGA